AUGUUUAAUAAUUAUCAAUUAAAAUUACUAAAAAUUUUGCAAUUUUUUUUAGAAAAUGAUCUCGUGAAACAAACAGUUACUUUUUUUGUUUUUACUUCAAAAGGGGCUACAAAUUUAACAGGACUCGUUGUCAAUCACAAUCCUCACUAUGUUCUCAGUAGAUAUUACAAAAGAAUUUUACUUGUCAUCAAUAAAAUGCCAGAGUCUUCGUUAUACAGAAAACAUGUUGAAAGCAUUGUAAAAGAAAGAUCAAAAAUUGUCGAAACAACUAAAGAUAUAGAAUCAAUAGAAAGGAAAAUUGGUUGUGGGCAAAUAGAAGAAGUUAUAUUACAAGCUCAAAAUGAACUUAAUCUGGCAGAAAAAUUAUUACUUAGUAGGCCAUGGGAAGAAUUGGUUUCUGCUGCUCCAAAAAAUCAAUGGCAAUGGCCAAUUAAAUAA